GAAACGGCCCCCCUCCGAUCAGGAACAUGUCAGUUAUGUAGUCGGUCUAUAGUCGGUCAUCUCAUCCACUUUUAGCGUUAUUCCAUUACUGCUUUGAUUCAGCAUGGCUUCUCUGAAAUCAGUGCUGGCUUAUUCCACCAGGUUGCUGUCCACGCUAAAAAAACAGACUAAUGCCAUUUACAUCAAGAGGACUUUCCUUCUCACCAGACCGCCGCUCUUCAAACGAGCAGACGGCAGGUUCAUCAGCUUCGGGCGACAGUCCAGCUCUACAGCCGUCAAAACAGAGAAAGGAGAGGACUCUUUCCUCAAAUGGUUCCUGCUGCUCAUCCCUGCCACCACCUUUGGCCUUGGUACAUGGCAGGUGAAACGGCGUCAGUGGAAAAUGCAGCUGAUUGACGAGCUGACAAAACUCACCACUGCAGAACCCGUCCCUCUUCCUCUUGAUCCUGGUGAGCUGAACAGCCUAGAGUACAGAAGGGUGAGAGUGCGUGGACAGUACGACCACUCACAGGAGCUGUAUAUUCUGCCCCGCUCACCAGUGGACCCAGAGAAAGAGGCCAGAGAGGCGGGAAGGCUGUCUUCAAGUGGAGAGACCGGUGCGAAUGUCAUCACCCCAUUCCACUGCACUGACCUCGGCAUCACAAUCCUGGUGAACAGAGGAUACGUCCCAAAGCAGAAGAUAAGACCAGAGACCAGGAUGAAGGGACAGGUGGAAGGCGAGGUGGAGGUGGUCGGGGUAGUCAGGCUGACAGAGACUCGAAAACCCUUUGUUCCAAACAACGACGUGGAGAGAAACCGCUGGCAUUACCGAGACCUGGAGGCCAUGUCCCGUGUCACUGGAGCUGCACCCAUCUUCAUUGAUGCUGACUUCAGGAGCACCAUUCCUGGUGGACCAAUAGGUGGACAGACCAGAGUGACACUGAGGAAUGAACACAUGCAGUACAUAGUUACAUGGUAUGGCUUGUGUGCGGCAACUUCCUACAUGUGGUAUGCCAAGUUCAUCAAGAAGAUUAUGGUGUGAUGUGAUGAAAUGCAGUGAAAUUACACAUGGAAAGUGUCUGAAAUGUUGCAUAGCAAGCCUCUGAUACACCUGAUUUAAACUGAUUUUGAUUCAGCUCCAGCCUGCUGCAUACAUUCACCGACAAAUAUGUAAAUAGCUGUGGAUUAUUCUCCUGAAACGUGUAUGAGAAUAAAUUAUUAAUAAAUU